AUGCCUUACUCUGCUGGUGACGCCAAGAAGGGUGCCGGUCUCUUCAAGACCCGAUGCGCCCAGUGCCACACCCUGAAGGAUGGCGAGGGCAACAAGGUCGGCCCUGCGCUGCACGGUCUCUUCGGCCGAAAGUCUGGUCAGGUUGAGGGUUUCGCCUACACCGACGCCAACAAGUCAAAGGGUGUCACAUGGGAGGAGUCCAGUCUGUUCGACUACCUAGAGAACCCCAAGAAGUACAUCCCCGGUACCAAGAUGGCUUUCGGUGGCCUGAAGAAGGAGAAGGACCGCAACGACCUCAUCACUUUCCUCAAGGACGCUACCAAAUAG